AUGGCUUACCUUAACAAAGCAAAGGGACUUGCGGUUGCGGUCACAACGGUGCUGUUUCUGGCGGUUGCGAUCGCUCCUCAGUGGACGAGUGCACAGCCGCCGCCAAUGCCAGAGUUUGAUUCAAUAUGUGCGAUAUCGAUCCCUGAAAUCGUCAAACAUUGCUAUGCAACGAUAAGUGCGGUACCAUCUGAAGAAUGCUGCAAGGAUCUCAAAACGGCGAGCAAGAGGGAAGUGACUUGUCUCUGCGACAAUUUCUUUACACAUCCUAUUUACUCCAACAUCACCAAAGUUUACUUCAGCCAAGUAAACACCGCCUGUGGCGUUCUCGACAAAUACGCAUGCAACGGAGCCAAUGGAGGAGCAAUGAAUAAGAUUACUACAUCAGUGGCUCUAUUUGGUUUGGUUGCAAGUCUGUUCUUUUAA